UCCCCCACCCAAACCCCAAGCCCCCCUAAGAAAAGCGACUCCUCCUCGCUCUAUCGGUCUUAAAUAAACCUAGAAGCGACUCCUCCUCGCUCUAUCGGUCUUAAAUAAACCUAGGGGCCGAGGAGUGAGGCGCAGGCGUCUCCGCACUCUCUUUCUCGUUUCUGUCUCUAUCGCUUCCGCUCGAAGAGAAGAAGAGAUCGGUGGGAGUUUCACUGGAACGAGUGCCGGCGUCGAGGCCUAGUUGCCCAUGAAGAAGGAAAAUUCUGUGGCUGCCGGUCAUGGAGCACCUACUGGUCGAAUCACACGAGCUCAAGCUGCUGCCUUCCAUGCAUAUGGUGGCAUGAUCCCUUCAUUAUCAUCAGUUGCAAAACCAAAGAAGAAGCAAACACAACAAGGAAAAUCAAAGAGAGCAGCUAGAGAUGAGAACAGCCAAGCUGCUUCUCUUACUGCAGGUUUUCAGCACAAAAAGAGACAAGUGCUUAAGGAUGUCAGCAAUAUAUGCUCUGAUACUUCAUAUAGACACUGCAACCCUGCAGCAAAAGUGCAGUCUAAGGCCUACCAGCAGGUUAAACCUGGUUGCUCUAAAGCAAACCAAUGCUCUGACCGGAAGAAUUUUAAGUUAGUGCCGGCUGCUUCUAUUGAUCCUGCAAUCAUUCAUGAUGCUGCGCAAAAUAAGGUGGAUGAAGAAAUGCCAGAAAUAGGAAUGAUGGAAUCAAAAGAAGCAACUUUUUCUGUGAAAAUGGAUGAACGGCUUUUAGCCCUACAAAAUAUGCAGUGUGUCAGGGAUAUGGAGAGCACAUGUGAUACAGCUUUUGUCAAGGAACAUAGCUUCAGAGCAGCUGGAGUCAUAAAUCAUUUAAAGACUGGAGGCUUCACUGGAAAGAAUGUUGUAGAUAUUGAUGCUGACCAUGGAAAUCCUCAGAUGUGUAGUAUUUAUGCUGAGGACAUAUAUACCAACUUACGUGCUGCAGAGCUCAUCCGAAGACCUAGCUCCAAUUUCAUGGAAACAUCGCAGCGUGAUAUCACACAUGGCAUGCGGGGUAUUCUAAUUGACUGGCUUGUGGAGGUUUCUGAGGAGUAUAGACUUGUUCCAGAUACACUUUAUCUUACGGUUAAUAUUAUUGACCGUUUUCUCUCUCAUAACUAUAUUGAACGCCAAAGGCUACAACUACUUGGCGUUACCUGCAUGCUGAUUGCCUCGAAAUAUGAAGAAAUUUGUGCUCCUCGUGUGGAAGAAUUCUGUUUUAUUACAGACAAUACUUACACCAAGGCAGAGGUGCUCAAAAUGGAGAGUCAAGUACUGAACUAUUUAGGCUUUCAACUAUCUGUGCCCACCAUUAAACCAUUUCUCAGGAGAUUCCUUCGAGCAGCACAAGCAUGUUACAAGGUUCCUAGUCUAGCAUUGGGAUACUUGGCUAAUUAUCUGGCAGAGUUGACACUGAUUGAUUAUAACUUCCUGGAGUUUCUUCCUUCAGUCAUUGCUGCAUCUGCAGUGUUUCUUGCAAGGUGGACACUGGAUCAGUCUGACCAACCAUGGAAUCUGACUCUUGAGCAUUACACCUCAUAUAAGGCUUCAGAUCUUAAAGCAACAGUUCUCGCGUUGCAAGAGUUACAGAUGAACUCCAAAAACUGUCCCCUGAAUGCUAUACGUGAGAAGUACAGGCAGCAGAAGUUAGAAUGUGUGGCUGCUCUGACAUCUCCAACAUUGCCGCAAUCAAUCUUUUGUUGAACAUAUGUGAUCUACGUCUGUAUCUUCAAUGGGCUGUCAUUAGAGAGUGAUCUGAAUGAAGUUUCACUAUCUUGUUACUGAUUCUUGGCAAAAAAAUUGAUCUGCUCAUUAUCUAUUUGUCUAUUUCUCUUAAUCUUCAUUUAUGGUUCCGUGGUUGUGUUCUUGUUCUUCAUUUUGAAUAUGCUGGCUCUGGGAUUCUAACCUUGCCUGUGUAACAUAAAGUUUAUAAGAGGGAUGAGAGUGGCAAAAAUAUGCCAAAACAAAUGUUUACUUUAUGAUUUUCUUUCUCAUGUAAAAAGACAGCUUGUGCAUGGAUUCAUGUGUCUGUAAGAGGAAAUUGUAACUAUCUUAAACAUAAAUUUAAACAAUUCGCAGUUGCAAUAUUCUUUGCCU